CACUCAUCUCUAUACUAAAAAGCAUAUAAACAGGAAGAGAAGCCUCCGUAGUCCACAGACAGAGAGAGUGUAAGUGAUUGAACCAGAGAUGAAGCAUUUUGCUUUAAUGUUUCUUUUGGCCUUUUUGGUCCAUCAGGAGUGUUUCCAUGUCAGUGUGGAAGCUGGGGAUGGUUUCGUCAGAACUAAAAGCAUUCACUUCAUGUUGAAUGGAAACCCCUACUAUGCAAAUGGUUUCAAUGCUUACUGGUUAAUGUAUGCAGCUUCUGACCCAUCUCAGAGAUUCAAGGUUUCAGCUGCUUUCCGUGAAGCAACUAGCCAUGGCCUUACUGUUGCUAGAACCUGGGCAUUCAGUGAUGGUGGUUAUAGACCCCUACAAUACUCUCCUGGCUUCUAUAAUGAGCAAAUGUUUAAGGGGUUGGAUUUCGUUAUUUCCGAGGCCAGAAAGUACGGGAUUAAGCUCAUACUGAGUUUGGUGAACAACUAUGAAAGUUUUGGAGGGAAGAAGCAGUAUGUGAACUGGGCUAGAAGUAAGGGGCAGUACCUGAUAUCAGAUGAUGAUUUCUUCAGGAGCCCUGUUGUUAAGAGUUACUACAUAAACCAUGUCAAGACUGUUCUUAACAGAUAUAACAGUUUCACUGGCGAUCAUUACAAAGAUGACCCAACAAUCAUGGCCUGGGAGCUUAUGAAUGAGCCUAGGUGCACAUCAGAUCCUUCAGGGAGGACUAUUCAGGCUUGGAUCACGGAAAUGGCUUCUGUUGUGAAGUCCAUAGACAGGAAUCACUUAUUGGAGGCUGGACUCGAAGGGUUUUAUGGACAAUCAACACCACAAAGAAAAAGAAUGAAUCCUGGUUUUGAUAUAGGGACAGACUUCAUUGCAAAUAAUCGGAUCCCUGGCAUUGAUUUUGCAACAGUUCACUGUUAUCCCGACCAAUGGGUAUCAAGCUCAAAUGAGCAAGAUGAGCUUGCAUUCUUGAACAACUGGCUCAGUGCUCACUUUUCAGACGCACAAUAUGCUAUAGGGAAGCCAAUACUGGUAGCAGAAUUUGGCAAAUCAUUUAAGGAUUCGGGUUACAGUAACUACCAGAGGGAUCAAGUUUUCAAUUCUGUGUACUACAAGAUAUACUCGUCUGCUAAAAGAGGUGGACCAGCAGGAGGAGCAUUGUUCUGGCAGCUUCUUACGGAGGGCAUGGAGUCUUUCCAAGAUGGGUAUGGGAUAACACUUGGUCAGAGUUCCUCUACGGCCAAUGUCAUUGCUCAGCAGUCUCAUAAGCUAUACCUUAUUCGUAAGAUUUUUGAGAGGCUUGCCAAUAUACAACGAUGGAAGAGGGCCAGAUACAACAGAAGAAGCUCUUCACGCCCUGGUGGAAACAGAGGCAGGAACAUUGGGAACUGACAUUGGAAUUACCACAAGUGAACCAGUUACUCUCGUUUGUUUUGAAGAUUUUGUGAACCAGUUUCUCUCCUAGAGAUGAAUCAUAAUGUUUUUUUUUUUUUUUCAUCCAGGAGGGUAACUAAUUAGUUAUGUAGACGUGUCCUGUUUACUUUGUUUCAGCUUCUCCCUUGUUUAUUAAAGAGCAAAAGCUGCUCCUAAGUUUUU